AUGAACCAAUACCAUACAUUCGCAAAGGCGACUUCGGCACCCGCCGAGGACUUCACCAUCAAACAAGAGCCCGCGCCACCUGCUGCUCUCGUUCAGGCCCCAGCUCCUGCCCCAGGUGAUUUCCUGGGACUCCCAGCCGACCAACAGCUGGCUCUACAGCAAUUGCUCGACAACCUGAUUACAUACCAGAACCAAUUCGGUGUUGACAUGACCGACACGGCCCAGGCGCCAGUCAACAAUGGCAGCAAUGCCAUGACUGACAUGGAGACCCUCAGUGGAACGGUCCAACCCUCCAUGGUCUUCCAUUCACCCGUCGUCACCGCUCCUUCCGUUCCUUCUACAUCCUCCGCAACGAGCUCGUCCGUGAGCCCGGUCAACCUCAAGCAAUCGCCGGCUCCAAGCGAAGAUGAACUCAUCGCGCUCGAUCCCCUCUCCCCGCCCGUCCGAAAGAAUCGACAGGCAUCCACCGGAUCUAUGUCAGAAGACCUCGACGCGAAGAUUGAUUCUUUGGUCCCUCUUCCCACCAUUUUCUCUGCGGGUCGAGGCAAAGGAGGAAAGAAGGGUGGAGGAUUGUCAUCCGUUGUACGAGGCGAUGACGAAGAGGUCGACGACGAUGACAGUUGGAGACCAUCCCCUGAAGAGUACAAAAAACUCAGCAGUAAGGAGAAGAGACAGCUUCGAAACAAGCUCAGCGCAAGAGCUUUCCGAACGAGGCGAAAGGAUUACAUCGGAACGCUCGAGGCGCACAUCAAAGACAGAGAUACUGUCAUUGACGCCAUUCGAUCCGAGUUGGUCAGCUCCAGAGUUGAGAACCAGGAUUUGAGGCGUGAACUAGAAGCUUUGAAAAAGAGCACCAUGUCCAUCCUUCAUCCCGAAAGUGCUUCGUCGUCGUCUGCUUCGAGAGCACCUGCUCCUUUGGGCAUGCCUGAAUCUGGUCCUUCCAGACCCCGCGCAAAUGCCACGCAACCUCAACCCAAAUUCAACACGCGCAAAGACUUGGCGUCGACCUCGCUCGACACUACCAAAGCAUUCUGGGGCGGGAAUCCCGACUUCUUCAACAGCGCCAACAGUGGAAGCACCAUCUGUCACACCAUGCUCACACCGGAUUUCGUCCUGCCAAAGACGGAAGAGACGACACCCCUCAAAUCGAUUCACGACCUUCCACGGAUCAACCUCAAUCCACGUCUCAACGAGACUCCAGAACCUCUCAAGCGUGUUUCCCCAGCUCGUUCACCACUGCCACCGGCGCUCGCCAAGGACGAUCUCAACGGUACAUUUGCCGAAUGGUCCGAGUCCAAUCAUUUCAACCUCCGCACAAUGGAUUCAUACAGGAUGCAGAUUUGGAGUCGUCUCGCUCGAGAAGCAGCCGCGGAAAAGACAUCUAUCCCGGUGGACAUCCGUCCGAAAUUCUACACCGAAUCAUCAUCGACCGCUGCCGCCGCUCUCGCCGCUCAUGCCACCAAUCACGUCACAUCCAAAUUGGCAUCUUCAUUCUGGUCUGCUUUCACUCGACCUGGGUCAAGCAAAUCGCUUGAUACGGACAAACUCGCAGCGGUCGUCACUGGGAGGUCUAAACUCGCCGUGGUUCCGUCCAAGGACACGGAUCACACAGAUGAUCUGGUCGCUUCGCUCAGUGGACUUAAACUUCAAACUGGAUUGAAUGGUUCAGAAGGAGUCGGAUUGAGGACAAGGGAGAACCCGUUGACAAUGAUUAGCAAUUUUGUAUUUAAACUUUCCAAUCCAAUGACUGGGGCUUGA